GUAACUGGAGGCUCCAGUGGAAUUGGAAAAUGUAUUGCUAUUGAAUGUUAUAAGCAAGGUGCUUUCAUAACACUGAUUGCAAGGGAUGAGAACAAGCUGUUGCAGACAAAGAAGGAAAUAGAAAAGUACUCUGUUAAUGACAAGCAGGUUGUACUAUGUAUUUCUGUUGAUGUAUCUAAAGACUACGAACAGGUGGAGAAUGUUCUAAAACAGGCUCAGGAGAAGCUGGGGCCAGUUGACAUGCUUGUAAAUUGUGCAGGAACAUCAGUUACAGGAAAAUUUGAGGAUAUCCAAGUGAAUUCUUUUGAAAGAUUAAUGGCAGUCAAUUAUCUGGGUAGUGUUUACCCAAGUCGAGCAGUAAUCGCUACCAUGAAGGAACGAAGAAUGGGAAGGAUUGUGUUUGUAUCAUCUCAGGCUGGGCAAUUAGGCCUGUUUGGUUAUACAGCUUAUUCGCCAACAAAGUUUGCUCUUCGAGGGUUGGCUGAAGCCCUGCAAAUGGAGGUAAAACCUUAUAAUAUCUACAUAACGGUGGCUUAUCCUCCAGAUACUGACACACCUGGCUUUGCAGAGGAAAGUAAAACAAAGCCUUUAGAGACGAAGCUAAUUUCUGAAACCUCAUCUGUUUGCCAAGCAGAACAAGUCGCCAGAGUUAUAGUCAAAGAUGCCAUACAAGGAAACUUUAACAGCUCAGUUGGAUCAGAUGGUUACAUGCUAUCAAUACUGACAAGUGGAAUGUCGCCAGUCACUUCUAUUACUGAAGGUCUUCAGCAGGUUGUUUGCAUGGGCAUUUUUCGCAUCGUUGGCCUAUUUUACCUAGGAAGUUUUGACAGCAUAGUUCGUCGCUGCAUGAUGCAAAGGGAAAGAUCUGAAAGUGCAGAUAAAACUGAGUAAUGUUUACUUUGAAUUGAAAGAAGAAUGUCAAACAGUCCUGGACAGCUUGCUGCUUAAGUGGGACUCAGUUUUUCUCCUGAAGGAUUUAGACUGGAAGUACUUGCAUAUGUGACAGACGAGUCCCCUCAAAAGCUAUGAAAGAAAACAAAAGUACAACUCCAGAAAAUGCCAAACUAUGCAAAAGUGUGAUUGAGGAUUAGAUUUUUUUUUUUUUUUUGGUGAUUUGACGUGGAGAGAAUUUGGGGAACUUGUAAGUGAUCUGCAGAGUAGAAUUUGAGAGUGGACUAUGUGCGGUAAUUCUGGACAAAUGCUUAAGUUUUCACACUUUGGUGCUUAUGGACAAAAUAAGUACCAUGGCAGACUGAGCUGAAGUAGAGUGAAGUCCCCUGAACAAGU